CACGCAGCUCCACUGUCAUGGCGGAGACGGAGCGGACUAGGAGCUGAUUCAGGAAGAGAUGGCGCUGUAAAGUGGGUUACCGCUGAAACUUCACUCCAACAGUUCCCACAGGGAGUUAAAGGAUUGUCUUCUCUUUGGAGGGCCCACCGAGAGCCAAUGUCGGACGCUCCUUGCUUAAUAUUUUGUAGUUUUUUUGUGUCUUGUUCUUAUCGGUACGUCUACCUGCGCGGAAUCUCUUCAUCACCGCUGUUUCCUGUUUGACAAACACUCGCAAACACUUAAAUUACAUUUUUUGUUUUUGUCUUUCCUUUAUUAGUCCGACGGAGAUUGGCACGUUUUGGGUUUCUUAUCUGGGCUCACCACAACGCGAUUUCGUCAUUCUUUUGUCAAGUUUAAUGCUGCUCUCCCUCUCUACCGUAGAAUAAUUCCUGUUAGUCAGGUGUAGUGACCUCAACAGACACACUGCCGAGAGCGCGAGAAACUAAAGGAUAAACUGGCUGUGAAUGGAGACCAGGACCAGUUCUCCACAGCUGUCAACUUAACGAGAGCUAUAAAUUCCGUGUAACGUUAUUUUCCCCUAGAUUUAAUUCGGUGGUAGGGUCAAACAGGUGUUUCACCUGUUCGUCUCUCACCUGACUCCGUCAUGGCGAGCGCAGGUGACAGCGCUGUUGGGAUCCCCAUCAGAGGAAUCCGCAUGAAGUUCGCCGUGCUGGCGGGGCUCCUGGAGGCUGGCGAAGUCUCCAAUCGGGACAUUGUGGAGACGAUCUUCAAUCUGCUGGUCGGUGGACAGUUUGACCUGGAGAUGAACUUCAUCAUCCAGGAGACGGAGAGCAUCAUCUGCAUGGUAGAGCUGCUGGAAAAAUGUGACUCCACUUGCCAGGCGGAGGUGUGGAGUAUGUUCACCGCCGUGCUGAAGAAGAGUUUGCGAAACCUGCAGGCCUGCACUGAUAUUGGCCUCAUCCAGCUGGUGCUCCAGUGUAUAGACCGAGUUGACACCAUAGUUGCAGAUCUGAUGGUGGACAUGCUGGGUGUGCUGGCCAGCUACAGUAUCACAGUGAAGGAGUUGAAGCUGUUCUUCAGUCACCUAAAAGGAGAACAAGGCCAAUGGCCAUCUCAUGCUGUCAAGCUGCUGUCCGUGUUGAAGUCCAUGGCUCAAAGAAAUGGUCCAGAUUCAUUUUUCAGCUUCCCAGGGAAGAGUGCUGCGGCUAUUGCUCUUCCACCUAUUGCAAAGUGGCCAUACCAGAAUGGCUUCACCUUCCACACCUGGCUGCGCCUGGACCCCAUCAAUAACAUAAAUGUUGACAAGGACAAGCCUUAUCUCUACUGUUUCCGCACCAGCAAAAGUUUGGGCUACUCUGCACACUUUGUGGGUGGAUGUCUGAUUGUGACCUCUCUGAAAUCCAAAGCCAAAGGCUUCCAGCACUGUGUGAAAUACGACUUUAAACCCCAGAAGUGGUAUAUGGUGACCAUAGUGCACAUCUACAAUCGCUGGAAGAACAGUGAAAUCAGCUGCUAUGUCAAUGGAGAGUUGGCGUCGUAUGGCGAAAUCACCUGGUUUGUCAACACAAGUGAUACGUUCGACAAGUGUUUUCUGGGCUCAUCAGAGACAGCAGACGCCAACCGAGUGUUCUGCGGUCAGAUGGGGGCAGUGUAUCUGUUCGGUGAAGCUCUCAGUGCUGCUCAGAUUUUAGCCAUCUAUCAGUUGGGGCCUGGAUACAAGGGCACUUUUAAGCACAAGGCAGAGAGUGACCUGCUGUUUGCAGAACAUCACAAGAUGCUGCUAUAUGAUGGAAAGCUGUCUGCCAGUAUCGCCUUCACCUAUAAUCCCCGAGCCACUGACGCUCAGCUGUGUCUGGAGUCCUCUCCCAAGGACAAUGCCUCCAUCUUUGUGCACUCACCACACGCCCUCAUGCUGCAGGAUGUUAAAGCUGUGGUGACACACUCGGUCCAGAGUGCCAUUCAUUCUAUAGGAGGAGUUCAGGUCCUUUUCCCCUUGUUUGCACAGCUGGAUUUCCUCCAGCACAGCGGUGACGAGCUGGACACCUCGGUCUGUUGCACACUACUGUCGUUUGUGAUGGAGCUGUUGAAGGGCUCUGUAGCUAUGCAAGAGCAGGUGCUGGCCUGCAAGGGCUUUCUCGUCAUCGGUUACUCACUGGAGAAGUCUUCCAAAGUACACGUGACACGAUCUGUGCUGGACAUCGUCCUCGCCUUCUCCCGUUACCUUAGCAACCUUCCUAACGGGGUUUUGCUCUUGAAACAGCUGUGUGACCACAUCCUCUUCAACCCUGCCAUCUGGAUUCAUGCCCCAGCUAAGGUACAGCUGGUUCUCUACACCUACCUGGCCACAGAAUUCAUUAGCACCGUCAAUAUCUACAAUGCCAUCCGCAGAGUUGGAACUGUACUGCAGGUCAUGCACACACUCAAGUAUUUCUACUGGGUUGUAAACCCACUGGACCGCAGCGGAAUCACGCCCAAGGGCCUCGAUGGGCCGAGACCCAAUCAAAAGGAGAUUCACUCUCUCCGAGCGUUCCUGUUGCUGUUUGUCAAACAGCUUAUCAUGAAGGAUCAUGGUGUAAAGGAAGACGAACUGCAGAGCAUUCUGAACUACCUGCUCACAAUGCACGAGGAUGACAAUCUGAUGGAUGUUCUCCAGCUUCUGGUGGCGCUGAUGUCUGAGCAUCCUGGCUCAAUGGUUCAAGCCUUCGAUCAGCGGAAUGGAAUACGGGUCAUCUUUAAGCUACUUGCAUCCAAAAGUGAAGGGAUUCGUGUGCAGGGACUCAAAGUCUUGGGCUACUUUCUCAAAUAUUUGUCUCCAAAGACAAAGUCAGAGGUCAUGCUGGCUCACGGCCUGUUCUCUCUGCUCACUGAACGAUUGUUGCUCCACUCGAACCAGAUCACAGUCACAACGUACAAUGUGCUUUUUGAGAUUCUUACGGAGCAGAUCUGUACCCAGGUCAUUCACAAACAGCACCCAGACCCUGACUCCACUGUGAAGAUUCAAAACCCACAAAUCCUAAAGGUGAUAGCUGCUCUUUUAAAGAAUGCUCCUCCAGGAGCAGAAAGCAUGGAAGUACGACGUAUCUUUCUCUCAGACAUGAUCAAACUCUUCAACAACAGCCGAGAGAACCGCAGGAGUCUGUUGCAGUGCUCGGUGUGGCAGGAGUGGAUGCUGUCUCUGUGCUUUAUUAACCCCAAGAACAGUGAGGAGCAGAAGAUCACAGAGAUGGUGUACGCCAUCUUUCGCAUCCUCCUUUAUCACGCCAUUAAGUACGAGUGGGGCGGCUGGCGCGUGUGGGUGGACACACUCUCCAUCACGCACUCCAAGGUCACCUUUGAGCAACACAAAGAUAACCUGGCCCGCAUGUUUCUUGAGUACCAGCGUUUGGGUUCUGAGGGAGGAUCUGAAAACACAAUCAGAACAAUCUCUGGUGCCAGUCACGACUCUCAGUUCCUUGCCUCGGCCAAUGGUGAGCUGCAUGCAGAGGAGACCGCUCCGUCAACUGUAAUUGAGCUACGUGUGGAGGAGCAGGUCAACGAUCAGCCUAAAGAUGAUGAGGAGAUGCGGACCCAGAUCCCUGUCACGGUCUCCAACAUUCUGGUCAGAGAUGAGGAAGAGAGACAGGCAGCCAGUGUUGCCACCUCAGAGACAGAGGAAGGGAAUAAACAUGAACAGGACACUCUGAGAGAACCAGGACAGGAUACUGAAAUUAAAAAUUUGGAAGACAAUCAUAAAAUGGAGGCUAACAUGGAUGAAGAGUCUGAGACAGCAGAUCUGAGUGCACAGACUGCAAGUGACAAGGACGCCAAAGGUGAAACUGAAGCUGUGAAGAUGUCAAAUGAAGAUGAUAGUAAAACAAUCAAUACUGAAACUGAACUAAAUAAUCAAGUAGAAGACAAAGAUAAAGGACCUGAGGAUUCUUCUCCUGAAGCCAAAGUGGAAGAAAUCACUGAUGCUUCUUCUGAGGUUUCAGCCUACCAGGAGGAUAGCAUGGCUGGUUCCUCAGUCAUGAACGAAGAUAGUCCUGAUGUUUCCUCCGUCAGCAACUUCAUUAAGGUCAGUGAUGACAGCACAGAGGAGUUGUCAUUUGUUUCAGCUACUGCUGGUGAGACGGAUGACCAUGGUGUUGAAAAGGAAGAUGAUGGAAAGAAGAACGAUAACAAACUAGAAACCGAAAAAGACGAGAAGCCAAUGGAAAAUGAGAAGGCAGAGGAAUCCAAAAAUACACCGGCUGCCAUGGUGGAGGUUGAUUUAAACCAAAGCACCUCCACUGAUGAAACCAAGCUUCAUACGGAGACUACUGAGAGUCAUGGUGCUGGUGAUGCAGAACAAGCUGCAGAAGUACGUACUUCAGAUGUAGCCGACACAUCUACGGCAGAGGUUAGCCCUAGCUCUGAGAGUAUUUCACAGGAUCCAGGAACUAACCAAGACACUCUGAAGUCAGCAGGGACUGAAAGCUCAGCAACUAAAACCAAAGAGAUUAAAAUUGCCAGACUGGAUGUGUCGAGUGUGGCCUCAGACACGGAGAGACUAGAGCUUAAGCACACCUCAUCAACAAACCUGAGCUCAGAUCAAGCCGCUGCCACAAGCCCCACAGGUCAGGGCAAUGAGGGCUCGUCUUCUGCACGGUCCACCAUGUUCCGUAUCCCAGAGUUCAAGUGGUCUCAUAUGCACCAGCGUCUUCUUACCGACCUGCUGUUCUCCAUCGAGACAGAUGUGCAGAUGUGGAGAAGUCAUUCGACUAAGACAGUUAUGGACUUUGUGAACAGCAGUGAGAAUGUGGUAUUUGUGCACAACACCAUCCAUCUCGUUUCUCAGGUUGUGGACAACCUCAUCAUGGCCUGUGGAGGAAUCCUUCCUCUGCUGUCUGCAGCCACCUCCUCUUCGCAUGAGUUGGAGAAUAUCGAGCCAUCUCACGGUUUGGCUGUGGAGGCAUCACUGAUGUUCUUGCAGAGGCUGAUCAGUCUCGUGGACGUGCUUAUCUUCGCCAGUUCACUCAACUUCACUGAAAUCGAAGCAGAGAAGAACAUGUCUUCUGGAGGAAUCCUAAGACAAUGCCUACGUUUGGUGUGUGCGAUGGCUGUGAGAAACUGCCUGGAAUGUCAGCAGCACACUCUGGGUAAGUCUGGUGCAGAGAGCAGCCGUGGACAGCAAAGCCUUCUGGGAGCCGGCAAGUCUAUACCAGCACAGAGUCCUGUGGACAUUGUGACAGGAGGGAUGUCUCCUAUCAGUGAUUUAGACCGUCUUCUGCAGGACAUGGACAUCAAUCGUCUCCGUGCUGUUGUGUUCAGAGACAUAGAGGACAGUAAACAGGCUCAGUUCUUGGCCCUAGCAGUGGUCUACUUCAUUUCUGUACUUAUGGUAUCCAAAUAUCGAGAUAUACUGGAGCCACACAAUGACAAAAGAAACGCCCAGCGCUCACAGUCUAUCAGGAGCACAGAGAGUGUUCAGUCUGAUCUGGAGAACGGUUUGUCUCCUCACCGCCGAGACUCUAGCACUGAGGGUGAGAAGACUUCAGCCAUCCCCAGUGAUGCUGAGACACGAACUGGCCCGGACGCUGUAUCUGAAGCCUUGUCUACUUUGUCCUCAGAAGUCAGGAGAGGCUCUGAGGUCACAAACAGAGACAGCAAAGGAAAAAACGUUAAUGUCAAGGAUAUUUUGAGAAGUCUCGUUAGCGCACCCUCUGGCGACAUCAUGGUGGACCCCAGCCUUAUACCGCCUGGGUUUCUGGCUGCAGUUGGUGAUGCCUCCCGUGACCCGUCCGUCCAGUUCCACUCCUUUGACAGGAGUGUUGUUGUUGCACCUAAGAAAGCGGGCGGGGCUCCCUCACCAGGAAUGAGCACAGUCUCCACAGCCGCAUCCGUCCCAUCAGCCACUGCUGCAUCCUCAGGUGGAACUCCAGUCGAAAGUGUGUCGGUGGUGUCCGCAGGAGAUGCUAUUCAAAGCACAGAGUCCGCCCCAGGAGGAACCUCCACGAGCUCCAACCUGCCAUCUGUCCCUGCCUUACCCCCAGUGACCCAGAGCUCCGCCCCCAGCAUGAGCAUCUCAGAGAGAUUGGAACAUGCUCUGGAGAAGGCAGCUCCUUUACUCCGAGAGAUUUUUGUGGAUUUCGCACCGUUCCUCUCUCGAACACUGCUGGGCAGUCACGGACAGGAGCUACUCAUCGAGGGCACCAGUCUUGUGUGUAUGAAGUCCAGCAGUUCUGUGGUUGAACUGGUCAUGCUGCUGUGUUCCCAGGAAUGGCAGAAUUCCAUCCAAAAGAAUGCGGGUUUGGCCUUCAUCGAGCUUGUGAACGAGGGCAGACUGCUGAGCCACACCAUGAAGGACCAUCUGGUGCGUGUAGCUAAUGAGGCCGAGUUCAUUCUGAGCCGCCAGAGAGCAGAGGACAUCCACAAACAUGCUGAGUUUGAGUCUCAAUGUGCUCAGUAUGCCGCUGAAAAACGUGAUGAGGAGAAGAUGUGCGAUCACCUGAUCAGGGCCGCCAAGUACCGGGAUCACGUCACGUCCACCCAGCUCAUACAGAAGAUUGUAAACAUCCUCACAGACAAGCACGGUGCUUGGGGAUGCUCUGCUUUCAGGUACAAUUUCAGUCAUUUAACUUUGAUGAACCAAAUUAUCUUCUAACAGCUUUGAUGACAC